UGAACCGGAAGUAUUCUGGCGGAAGAAAUAACGUCUUACGGUUACCACGUGUGUUUGUGUCAAAGGGAUUGUUGACGUUUUUCGAUAUUCGUAAAGGAACUGAACCGUACAAGGUGCUUCCUGUUCAGUUAUGGCUGAUGCGUUCAGCAGCAGCUCGGAAACGGUCAUUCAGCGUUCGAUAGACGUUGCAGCGAGAACGAACACCGCUCCAGAGAAACUUGAGGAGUUGUAUGAAAUUAAAAAGACCUGUGACUUUAUAAGUCAGCGCCAAUUUAAAAAGGUUGCGCUGCAGUUUCCAGACGAGCUGCUGGUUGACUCAGUGUUGGUAGCAGCUGAGAUAGAGAAAAACAGCAGUGCCAAAACCUUCAUUUUGGGAGACACCUCAUAUGGCAGUUGCUGUGUGGAUGAAGUCGCGGCGGAGCACGUGGGAGCUGACUGCAUCGUGCACUACGGCGGCGCCUGCCUGAGCCCCUGCAGAAGGCUGCCCUUGAUGUAUGUGUUUGAGAAAAGGCCAGUGGAUGUGGAGAAGUGUGCUGCAGCAUUCAGGGACCUGUACCCUGGCACACAGAGUCACGCCAUCAUCCUAUACGAUGUCAACUACUCUCAUGCUAUCAGUGAUGUUCUGUCUCUCUUGUCUGCGGAGUAUCCGAACCUCGUCACCUCAGAACUUGUUGUCGAAGGGGAUCAGUGUUACAGUCAUGGACAGUUAAAAAAUCAACCUAAUGACAGUUGUGUAUCGGAGCGAGACAACAACCACGUGAUUUUUCAGUUUGGAAGGCGGUUUUCCUUGAAAAGUGGUUUAAGUAUAACAGAUUACACCAUGUUCUAUGUUGGUGAGGAGGGAGCCACUCUGAGAAACUUCAUGAUGACUUGGAACCGCUGCUCGUUCUGCUCCUUUGACCCCGUGACGGCGACGGGACGAGCCGAGUCUGUCAGCAUCAACCGCGCGCUGAUGAAGCGUUACUAUGCCAUAGAAAAGGCCAAGGACGCCAGCGUGGUCGGCAUCCUGGUGGGCACGCUGGGGGUGAGCGACUACCUCGCCGUCCUCCAGCAGCUGAAGGACACCGUUCGCGGGGCUGGCAAGAAGAGCUACACGUUCGCCGUGGGGAAGCUGAACGUGCCCAAGCUGGCAAACUUCCUCGAAAUUGACAUUUUCGUUUUAAUCGCGUGCCCUGAAAACUCACUGUUGGACACAAGUGAGUUCUACAAACCCGUGGUGACGCCGUUCGAGAUGGAGGUGGCCUGCAACAGGAACAGAGAGUGGUCUGAGGAGUAUGUCACAGACUUCCAGCGUCUCCUGCCAGGGGGACAAAGCCACGUGCCCUUGGCCGAUCAGCAGGAGGAGGACGAGACUGAUGUGUCCCUAAUCACCGGAGAGCUGCGAAGCCACAGCCUGUUGAAGAGUGAGCCUGAAGCCUCAUGUGGCUCCUCUGUGGUCCUCAGGAACCAGACGAUGACUGUAGCCAACACAGGCUCAGCUGCAUCUUUUCUGGCGCAUCGAAGCUGGCGUGGCUUAGAGCAAAAGCUGGGAGAGACGCCUGUGGUGAAAGCAGUAGAGGGCAGAAGAGGUAUAGCUAUUGCCUAUGAAGAGGAAGGGACGCCUUCAUGAUCCACAAAUACUCUUCAAGGUCUUCCAGUUGUUUAAUUAAGACUAGCCGCAGUUACAUACAUGUGUGUUCUGUGUAUAAUGCAUAAUUACUGGAGCUGGAAAAAUUCCCUUUCCAUAAACACCAGAUUUGAACAGUUUUGUCACUGUA